GUGGUGUGGGGGCGAACUGAGGACUCAUCCCCGCUGGGCUGCCCCCACCACACCCCAUUGGGCUGCAACCAUGGAUCUCAGCACGGAUUAUCUCCGGGAAAAGCUUCAGCGGGAUCUGGAGGCGGACCACGUGGAAGUGGAAGACACGACUCCCAACCGUUGUGCGUUCAGCUUUCGAGUCCUCGUGGUGUCGUCCAAGUUCGAGGGGAAACCCCUGCUUCAGAGACACCGGCUGGUUAAUGACAGCCUUUCGGAAGAGCUGCCGCACAUCCACGCCUUUGAGCAGAAAACCCUCACCCCCGAGUAGUGGGCCCGGGAGCAGCAGAAAUAAGCUCCUGGAACACGCAGGACCAUCCUAUGCGGAAUCUGGCCCUCUUCUGUGCAGUGCUGGCGGGUAAGGGUGAGAUUGGGCCAUGAGGGACAGGCUUUUCCCUGCCCCCAUCAUUGCUGUUUCCCUGCCCAGGCAAAUACCCCCCUGGCAGAAAGGCUUAUGU